AUGGAAAUGAAAUUAAUGAAAACUUACGCUUUAUAUUAUUAAUUAAAAUAUAUUGCAGGUUUUUAGUUUGAAAUGAUGUAAUAAAUUUAAUUAAUACAGCAAUCUUAUCUGAGGUUGCAUAAAUAUUCAUUUUUUUUAGAAGGGUAAAAUGUUUAUGGCAAAAUGAUUUUUGUUUUUACGUGUCUAAAAAUCAUUAAUUAUUUAGGAUAACUACAUAUUAGAAAAUUGAGUUUUUUUAGCAUCAUAUUAAAACUGAAUUAUUAUAAUUUGAGAUUUAAUUUGUGGUAAUGAUAAGAUUUUUAUUAAUAAAUUUAAUAUUGUGGCAUUUUCUGAAGCCCAGCUUUAGGUUGACUUUGAUUGUUUUUCUGUGAUCCAAAUUUACAAUUACCUUUGGAUUUUAAUCAAGAAAAGCAAUCGAAAUUAAUCCAUUAGAGAAAAUAUAAUAAUUGAGCAGAAUAAUCUUUUACAACAUAGUAUUUUAUAAUAUAUAAUAAGGCUUUGUCUAUUGAAUAUUGAAAGGAAAUCCAAACAGAAAUAUUAAUUAUUAUGGCCUAUAACAAUAAAGGUUAUUGAUUGGGAGGAUUUUUUAUUCAAAUAGAAUUCAAAAUCUAGAAAUUUAUAAUAGAG